AUGUUAAAAAAAAAGAAUAUAAACAGUAAUAAUAAUAAUAAUAAUAAUAAUAAUAAUAAUAAUAAUAAUAAUAAUAAUAAUAAUAAUAAUAAUAAUAAUAAUAAUAAUAAUAAUAAAAAUAAUAAUAAUAAUGAUAACAAUAAAGAUGAAAAGAAUCAAUUUUCAACGAAAUUAGAAAUAGAAUCAAAACAGAUUACAAUAAGUAAAUUUGAAUGGGUUACAAACUAUCCACCUUAUCCUGUACCACCAUUUGGACUAACAAUUCAUCCGAUGGCAAUCAUUGUAGGUUGGAUAAAAUCAAAUCCAAAACAUUUGAAUAAAUACUCAAAAUUAUAUUUAGAUAAUGGUUUUGUUACAAUCUCAUUCUCACCAUCAUAUUUAUGUCAUUUUUUCCCAAAAAAAAUGAAAGAAUUAGCAUAUAAUUUUUUAGAGUUUUUAGUUUCAGAAAAUGAAAAAAUUGCAAGACCUAUAAUAUUUCAAGUUUUUUCAGGUAAUAUGGUUUUUCAAAGUGAAAUAUUUAAAUUAUUAAAUGAAGAAAUUAAAUUUAAAAAAUUAAUACCAUUUAUAAAAGGACAAAUAUUCGAUUCGUGUCCAUCAAAGAUUAGUGAAGAACAAGCAUUUCAAUCAAUUACAAAAACAAUGAAUAGAUCAAUCUCAAAAAAAGCAGUUCGAUUAGUAACAAAGAGUUAUUCUAGAUUAGUCGAUGUGGAAAAGAUUGAUAAAGAUUUUUGGGAUCGUUUAAAGAAAUGUCCUAUACCAACACCUCAAUUGUAUAUAUAUAGCAUCAAUGAUCCAAUCUCUUCCUAUCUAGACGUUGAAAGAGGUAUUCAAAUUCAAAAACAACAAGGAAUACCCGUUAAAACUUUAUGUUUUGAUAAUUCCGUUCAUGUAAAUCAUCUUUCUCAACAUCCAAUGAGAUAUAUGAAAAAUCUUUAUCAAUUUUGGGAAAAAACUUUAAGACAACCUACUAUCUUUAAUAAUAUCAAAAAUAAUAAUAAUAAAUAUAAUUUAAACAAUAACAAUAAUGUAAAAUCAUUUGUUGGUAAAUUUGUUUCAAAGUUAUAA